AUGUCGUCUCCACAUCCCAAGCCCAUCGUGCUGGGGUCCCCGCGCAAACGGUCGGAGAGUGUUGCAUCUCCGAAACGGAAUGAGCCUCCACAGCUAGGACAAGGAAAUUCUGAGACUAGGGAUCGAGCACAGUCGAUCACAAGUAUUCAGCAGCCAAGUGCUGACUUUGAACCCACCGAGCGUGUGUUCCCCGUUCGGUCGGUUGUUUCGGUUGAUCCUACCGCCCCUCAUUGUUCGGACUCGGCGCAUUCCCGGGAUGCAGUAUCGCCAACCCGAGAAGGAGCUCGACAGUACACACUCAUCGAUGAGCAGACGUGGAAGCAACUACACUCGCAGUUUUCUUCCGAUCACCUUCAUCGCCCCGAUCCCGAACACGCCGAACCUACCAUACCCACCGACAUCCCACGCCACGAGACACAUGCUACAGAUGCAAAAACCGAACUUGGGGCACAUUCUUUGGCAUCGGAGGUUAAUCAGCACCCCGAAAUUUACGCGAAACCUGCCCCAGGCGAUACUCAGGCUAGAAGCGGAUCCACCGCGCCCCCUUCCUUGCAUACCCAGCGCGGCAACGCUGAAACCCAUGAUCAUAUCACUGCUCGCUUCAAACAUGUCAUGACGGAUAAUGGCCAUGCCGUGAUCACAGGACGAGAUGGAGAAGCAUUCCAAUACUGCGAGGAUGAGCCCAUUCGCAUCCCCGGUGCAGUUCAGAGUUUUGGUUUCAUGAUUGCCCUUCGUGAAGAGUCACCAAAUCAGCUCGUAGUCCGCAUUGUGAGCGAGAACUCGGCUGACUUCUUGGGGUAUUCGCCCAAGCAACUCUUCGAGUUGAAAAGCUUCUGUGAUAUUUUGAGUGAGGAUCAGGCGGACAAUCUACUUGACCACAUUGACUUUGUCCGUGAUGACGCACAUGAUCCAUCGAUUGAUGGGCCAGAAGUUUUCAGUAUGUCCAUUCGCACAGCUAAUGGGGAGCGCCGCAAGCUUUGGUGCGCCACACAUGUCCCUCAGACACAGAAGGAUCUGAUUGUUUGCGAAUUCGAGCUUGAAGAUGACCAGGUGAACCCGUUGAAUGUUGAGGGUUCUGACAUUCCGGCAGUUCCCACAGACACCCUCGGCAUUAUUCCAACAGCAGAUCAACUCGCUGAGAGCACGAUCAACAUCAGCCAGCCUCUCCGUGUUCUCAGGAAUGCCCGCCGCAGGAAGGGCGAGGCAUCUUCUAUGGAAGCUUUUAGUAUCUUAACUCAGAUACAGGAGCAGUUGGGCCGGACGAAUGAUCUAGACCAGCUGCUUAAUACAACGGCGGGAUUAGUUAAGGAGCUGACCGGCUUUCACCGGGUCCUGAUCUAUCAGUUCGACAGCAGCUGGAACGGCAUGGUUGUGGCCGAGUUAGUUGAUCCUAAUACUACUAUUGAUCUCUACAAGGGUCUUCAUUUCCCUGCAUCCGAUAUCCCCGCGCAAGCCCGAGAGCUUUACAAAAUCAACAAGGUCCGGCUCUUAUACGAUCGUGACCAAGUCACCUCUCGACUUGUGUGUCGGACCUUGGAGGAUCUCGAAUCUCCAUUGGACAUGACUCAUGCCUAUCUUCGCGCGAUGUCCCCAAUUCACGUGAAAUAUUUGGCACACAUGAAAGUGCGGUCUUCAAUGUCAAUAAGCGUCAAUGCUUUCAACGAUCUCUGGGGGUUGAUCUCCUGUCAUAGCUAUGGCAAUGCCGGUAUGCGUGUGUCAUUCCCGAUACGAAAAAUGUGCCGGCUCCUCGGCGACACUGUGUCUCGAAACAUCGAGCGGCUUUCAUAUGCCUCUCGCCUUCAAGCCCGAAAACUAAUCAACACUGUCCCAACUGAGGCCAACCCAUCAGGCUACAUCAUUGCAUCAUCGGAUGAUCUCCUACAACUAUUUGAUGCGGAUUACGGUGUUCUGUCGAUUCGAGAUGAAACAAAAAUUCUCGGUGACAACAAUAACUCCCAGGAGGUGCUUGCAUUGAUAGAGUUCCUUCGUGUACGUCAAUUGGAUUCAGUGCUUGCGUCGCACGACAUCGCCAAGGAUUUCCCUGAUUUCCAUUACGCCCCGGGAUUGAAGGUAAUCUCCGGUGUACUAUAUGUGCCCCUGUCUACUCGUGGUAGUGACUUUAUCGCAUUCUUCCGCCGUGGACACCUCACUGAGAUCAAAUGGGCCGGCAAUCCUUAUGAAAUUGAAAAGCGAAAGCAGACCGCGGGAUAUCUAGAACCCCGGGAAAGUUUCACAGCAUGGCGGGAGACAGUUCUGUCACAAAGUAGAGAGUGGACGGAGACGGACGUGGAGACGGCGGCAGUCUUAUGUUUGGUUUAUGGAAAAUUUAUCAAAGUCUGGAGGCAGAAGGAAGCUGCUAUGCAGAACUCGCAACUCACUCGACUACUUCUGGCCAACUCUGCACAUGAAGUUCGGACCCCUUUAAAUGCCAUCGUUAACUAUUUGGAGAUUGCACUUGAGGGUGCGCUAGACGAUGAAACCAGAGAGAGUUUGACCAAAUCUCAUUCAGCUUCCAAAUCGCUAAUUUACGUGAUCAACGAUCUCCUUGACUUGACGAAUACCGAAAAAGGCCAGGACCUCAUUAAAGAUGAGAAGUUUGACCUUGAAUCAACAUUCAGAGAAGCGGCUGACAUGCUGUCUGGUGACGCCAAGCGGAAGAACAUCUCAUACACUGUUUCAGUACAUUCAGGCGUUCCGAAGUCAGUUCUCGGCGACCAGCGUCGGGUGCGGCAAGUCCUUUCGAAUGUUAUCUCAAAUGCCAUUCAACACACCAAAUCUGGUGCGGUCACGACAGAAAUACGGCGCUCUGCAACUCAAAACAUUCCAGACCAUGUGGGAGUAGAGAUUAUGGUUGUUGAUACCGGGGUGGGCAUGUCGCAUGAAAAGUUGAAGACACUCUUUCACGAACUCGAACAAGUAUCUACCGAUGACAAUUACCCCGAAGAGGAAGAAAACACGCAGAACCCACCGCAAAAACGUGUAUUAGGUCUGGGUCUUGCUCUCACAGCAAGGAUCGUUCAUAACAUGCAGGGUCAGCUCGCUGUGAGAUCAGAAGAAGGGAAGGGCAGUCAUUUCAAGAUUCUAUUACAAUUUCGGUUGCCAGAGGGAACAGUUUUGAAUGGAGAUGCAGAUGAAAUUUCUCUUCAAACCGAUGUGGUUUCUACCACGCCUCUGAUUUCAGACAAGGAGUUUACCCUAGUUCCCGGAGCACCCGACUCUUCCGACGCCAGACGGCGAAGUACAGAAAGCCUUCGCAGUGGGGCCAGUUCCCGCAGUGGACAAAGCGGGCGCAGUGGGAGAAGUCACGCCGAUCGACUCAUUAGUGCCAUGCAAGAACCCCCCCUCAAGAGAAGCACCAGCCAGGAUUUGGAACCGAGACGGCCGAAUCUUUUGUCAAGUCCUGCCAGCGCCUGCAGCAAUCAUGUGAACCCUCCUCUUGCUUCACCAUCUACUAUAAAGGGAUCAUGUGCCCCGCAGGACAUGCAUUCAAGUUUGGCUACAGUCACGCAUACGCCGCCACCCACACUUCAGCCACAUGCCACUCCCCCUCUUCCGGGUUUGGAGAAUGUCACAGACUCGGGGGUGCCGAUGAGUGCUCUACGAAUCUCACAACAUUCUGUCAGUCUCAAAUCACCACAAAUCGACCCUACUAUUGAAAAUAGCUCUUAUUUCCCGAGAGUGCCAUCAGUCACAGAAGCAUCACAAGCUCCCUCCUCUGGACCACCGUCCUCUGCCGUCCCAACUACUGCACCCUCAACAACAGACUACGAACCACUCAAUGUUCUUGUUGCCGAGGACGAUCCAAUCAAUAGUAAGAUUAUACAUAAGCGGUUGACGAAACUUGGCCACACCGUUGAAUUGACAAGCAAUGGUGAAGCCUGCAAAAUUGCUUUUGCCUCAGCCACCAAAGCCUUCGAUGUAGUGUUGAUGGAUAUUCAGAUGCCGAUCCUUGACGGAAUGGCAGCCACUCGAGCGAUUCGCGAGUUUGAAUCCAAGAUACCCAAGGAAGCACUCUCCGACAAAGCUAUACGCAAUAAUCGAGUACCUAUCUUUGCUGUGUCCGCCUCCUUAGUUGAAAAGGAUUUAAAAGCCUACAUUGAUACUGGAUUUGAUGGUUGGGUCAUGAAACCUAUCAACUUUGCUCGCUUGAACGUUCUAUUGGGCGGUCUAUGUGAUCCUUACGCCCGAGAAGCAGCGACAUACACCCCCGAGAGGGAAUGGGAAAACGGUGGAUGGUUUAAUACCAAGUGA